GUUUUUGCUAGAUACUAGGUACAAGCAGGACCACAACGUAUAUUAAAGAACAUUCUGUUGUAGAUCCAGUUGAACGGACAAUGGAACUUAGUUCUUCUAAUAUAACUCUCAGUAACCUUGUGUCAGUAGAUGAAAGACUGAUGUAUCGACCUCAUCCUGAGAAUCCAGAAAAAACCAUUUUGACCCAGGAGGCAAUAAUCACAGUGAAAGGAGUUAUCUUAAGUAGCUAUUUGGAAGGAUUAAUGGCCAACACAAUUUCUGCCAAUGCAGGAAAGGGCUGCAAAGGAGUGGAGUGUGUUCUAGGCAAGAUAAAGGUGGAAAAUGAAAUGUCUGUCCAAGGAAAUAUUAAGUCUCCAAUGGCCUCAGCAGCUGCCAAAGAUUUAUGGGUAGCUUAUUGCUGUGUCACCCUUUGACCUCUGUUUGGGGGAUUCACUCAGUCACUGACAUCCUGUCUUUUUUUAAGGUGCAACUCAUGUCUUUUUCCAGAGCGAAGAUUAUAAACUACAAAGUUGACUCUGAAUAUAUCAAUCAGCAUUCAAACCAUUUCAGUUUCUGAAAUUAAAAAAAAAACCAGCAGGCAAGCCUGCGAAUGUGGGACGCCACAUUUUGCAUUUUUUUUUAUAAAAAGUUGCUUUUUGUAAAAUCCUUCACUCAUGAAACCUCCAGAUCAAUAUAGAUAUAUCACUUUGAUAUUUGUUUUUUAAAAAAAUUACCAAAGUGGAGAUGGAGACACUGGACAAAAAUAUACCCUUGAAUUAUGCGCACUGUCUUGCACUUGAUACAAUACAUUGGACUAAUACUUGAAUGUGGAGUUGUUAGUUUGCCUUUUGUCUUAGACUUUGAACAAAAUUAAGUGUAUGUAUUUCAGAAUUAUGUUUACAUUGUCUUGCAACUGUAGAUCAGUAAGUUUUAUGAAUUAAGUUUUUAUAUCAGUGUGUUUAAGUUGGAAUUUAUGUUUGUAUCUUUUUGUGGAAAUCCCAUCCAGAUAGGAUGCAGGUGGCGUGGGGUUUGGCAUGAGAUCCUGAAGCAUGCAAUUAACACCUAAUCCCAAACCCAGUUUAAAAUUAAUUUUUGCACUUAAUGUGAACUUUAAUAAUUGUCACUGUGACCGAUAAUUCACAAAUGGCCGGUUUUAAAUGGUUGUGAAAGUAUAAAGCUACAGUCAUAUCUGGAUCAUUUCCUUCCUGUCAAGACAGGUCUCUUGCAGUGCUCCCACUGUAAUGGGAUGGAAGGAUUAUUGUGCAAAUCUGCUUUUGUAAACUUCUGUACCACUCAGUGCUUAACGUUUGAGUGACUUUUUCAUGUUUACAAAAAGAGAGAUACAUUGCCAAAGCUUUUUGUCUUGCACUAAUGUGACCUAAGGUGCAACGUUUUCAUGCAGAGGAUGGUCCAUGUAUGGAGUAAAUGCCAGAGGAAGUGGUGGAGGCUGUUACAAUUACAACAUUUAAAAGGCAUCUCAAUGGGUAUACAAAUAGGAUGGGUUUAGAGAGAUAUAAGAUAAAUGCUGGCAAAUGCGACUAGAGUUGGACCAAAGAGUCAUUUUCCAUGCUAUACAUCUCUAUGACUCUAUAACUGAGACAAACGCAGGAGUACUGAAUUUCAAACAAUCACCUUGAACUGCUGUAGUUCAUGUGGUGUAGUACACCCUCAACGCUGUUAGAAUGUUCCAGGAUUUUGAUUCAGUGACAGUGAAUGAGCAGCUAUAUGGUUCCAAGUCAGAUGAUAUGUGACUUGAAAAGGAACUUGUAAGUGGUAGUGUUCUUAUGUAGCUGCUGACCUUGUCCUUCCGGGUGGUAGAAAUUGGAGGUUUAAAAGGUGCUCUUGAGGGAACCUUGGUGAGUUGCGACAGUGCAUCCUGUAGAUUGUGGAUGCUGCUGCCAUUUUGUUAGUGGUGGAGAGAAUGAAUGUUGAAGGUAUUAUAAAGGGUGUCAAUCAAGUGAACUGCCUUGACUUGGAUUAUGUCAAGUUACUUAGAGCAGGAUUCCCAUCCUCUGAGCUUGUUCUUAAAGCCAGGCAUUUAUAUGUUAGUCUCGUUUGGUUUGGGUCAGUGGUAAGUUGUGGGAUAUUGAUAGUGGGGAUUCAGUGAUGGUAAUGCCAAUGAAUUUCAAGUUGAGAUGGUCAAUGCCAGGCAUUUGUGUGGUGUGGAUGUUACUUGUUACUUGUCACUUAUCAACUGAAGCCUGAAUGUUGUCCCAUUCUUCCUGCAUAUGGGCAUGGAUAGCUUUAGUAUUUGACAAGUCAUGAAUGCUGCUAAACAUUGUGCAAUCAUCAGUGAACAUGUCCGUUUCUGACUUUUCAGUGGAGGGAAGGUCAUUGAUAAAGUAGCUGAAGGUGGUUGGACUUGGGACAUCACCCGAAGGAAUACCAGCAGCAAUAUCCUCAGUCUCAGAUAAUUAACCUCCAACAGCCAUAACCCUUGUCCUGUGUAUUAGGUGUGACUCUGGCCAGUGGAUAAUUCAGCACUUUUGUCCAUAAUUGGACCGAGGCUAUAAUGAGGUCAGAAUUGGAUUUCCCUGGUGCAAUCAAAACUGAGUGCCAGUACAUUGCUGAGUGAGUCCAAUUGAUAGCACUGUUGAUGAUACCGUCAUUUUACUGAUGAUUUACUGAGUAGACUGAUGGAACAGUAACUUGCCACAUUAGAAUUUUUGUUUUGUGGGCAAAAUAUCACAAGGACUGACCAUAAACUUUGUUUGCAGACCUAAAAUGACUGCAGGCUCAAUUCAUUUAUCUUGUUCACUGUAACACCCAAAAGGUGCAAAGGUGUCCACUUUUGGAGCUGAAAAGUGCCCUCUCUUCACUUCAAAUUACCUUGGAAAGCCAAAGGAUCUCAAAAGUAUGAACGACAAGUUACACAAACCAUUUCACACUGCUGCAAUUCACGGCUAUGCGAUUGAUAUUUUCCCCAGCUGUCAGUUCAAAAAGUCAUUCAGCCUACCAUUCAAUUGAAAAGCAUUGUAUGAAUUUCAGUGCCCAUGCAUUACCAAAUAUGUAGGCUGUCCAUCCCAACAAUUAGCUGAUGAAAUUAAUCAGCAUGUACCGUUCUUGUUCAUUAUACUAGCUCAACGUACUGUGUUUGCAAAGCUCUGAACAGAUUUUCUACUAUUGGAUGUGAUUCUGCAAUAAUGCAACAAUUGCCAAGCAAUUAUGAGUGUGAUAAUUGCUACACAAACAACUAAUUUAAAAUAAUCCAUUGCACUUGUAAUGUGGUAGAAGUGAUAUACGUUCAAGCACUGGGACUUCUGCAAACAAAAGGAAUAUGUCAAAUACUUGUGCUUUUUUAAAUACCUGGAGGCUUGAGAAGCCUAUAGUGCCCUGUUGUUUUCUUUGUGGCUAUCAAUCAGAAUUAACUUUCCAACCAAUCAGCACUCUCUUCCCAGUUUCAAUUGUGAUUGCUUAAAAUCUGGCAUUCUUAAUUUGUCGUGAUGAUGUAAAGUAAAAAGCUUUGGUAACGUUGUUUUAAGCAUUAUUCCACUUCAGUCCUAAGUGACACAUUUUACAUGAUUUUCUCAUAAUUUAUUUUGAUUCUAAUUUAAAUGUUUAAAAUAUUUAGUAGAAUUUAGAUAGCCUGUUGAUAUUGCUACAUGUUAGCACUAACAAAUGAGCUGAAAAAUAAAGAAUAUUUUCUCUGAAAUAGUCCUAUUAUUGCCAUCAUCUAAUGUUGGUAACUGUACUGAAUCAAACAGCAUUCUUGGCCAUUCUUUACAUAAAAUUGACAAAAAAGUAGGCAGGAAAGCAAGUGGUGAGAAUGACGCACAAAAUGUGCAGAGUGAAAUGGGCAUGUUAAGUAAGCAGGAAAAAAAUUGGAAUGGCAAAUUGGAAUUUAAUGUGGGUUUAUGUAGUUGGCAGAAAAAAAUGGGAAAUGUUAAUAUUGUUUAAAUGGAGAAAGACUCCAGAAAACUCAGAACAGAGGGAUCUGAGAGUCUUGCCCAUGAAUUGUAAAAAGCUAGCGUCCAAGUUCAGAGGCUAAUAGGUAAGGCAAAUGGAAUAUUGGCCUUUAUUCAAAAGGAAUAGAAUAUGAAAGUAGGGAGGUUUUACUCAGUCCCAUGUAUGAUCUGCAGUAUCUACCACAUGCAGAGCAGGUGAUGGUUGAAGGCUCAGGUACGUUAGUUUUUGGGAGGUUUGUGGCUCCCUCCUUUGCCUGUAUAUGUACCCAAUAAAAUCUUAAUGUUGGCACCUUC